AUGACAUAUCAACAGCGAGCAUUAGACAUUGUUUUUUAUCGAGACCAUCCACCAGAAUACUCGUCAUUUGCAACUCGUUUGACGGAUUUCACAUCUUCUAUAAAAGAAAUCAAAACUGCUGUUUCUCAAAUGUCGCCGAAUGGAGGAGGAGAUGGUCCCGAGUCAGUCACUUGUGCUCUUGAUGUUGCUUCUCGUUUGAACUAUAGAAAGGAGUCUUCUAAAGUGAUAAUUUGGAUUGCUAAUGUCCCACUGCAUGGGUUUUCAAAAAGUGGUGAUAAAUUUCCUAAUGGAUGUCCAUGUGGAAUUGAGUUUUUUGAUGUUAUCAGACGAUGUCAAAAGAGCGGGUUAGUCAUAUACUCUGUUGCUGCAGAACCUCUUGGGUUUUCAUAUUCACGAAAUUUGAUGCGCCAGUCUCGUAAUCGACGCAUGGCCAAUACGCUUCGCUCAAUGGAGCUGAUGUCUGCUGAUUUGAUUAUUAAUAAAGCAAUUGAAGAGAUACAAAUCCAAAAUUUGAUGAAUAAAAAAUUUAAUACAACUAUAAAAACUUUGAAAAUCGACACAAUUUUUAAAGAACAACUUCCAAAAGUACCAAAAUAUUUUUUAGAGGCCACAUCUUUUAAAUCGCUUAAAAUGGAAAAAGAAAAGGAGCCCGAUAACAAAGUUACAUUUAAAGAUGGGUUUUAUGUAAAAUAA